AUGGUGGAUAGCGCAGACGAUAUGAUUCUGAUUGCCUCACCGUCGGUGAAUCAUCUCGGUCACUGCCUCCACAUUCCGCAUACGAAAUCGCUGCAAAUAAGCAAUCAUUUUCGCCGGAGUAUCAAAGUCUCGGCCGUCGAUCGCUGCAAUCGAUGGCAGACAAUGGAUCGCGUCCAGAUAAGAACACGAGACAGACCCUUUUUAUGCUUGGCUCGGCGGAAGCCGGAGACGGCGACGGUUGAGGUCGAAGAUGAUCGUCUACGGAGAAUCGUUCGGUAUCUUCUGUGGAGUGCUGAAGCUGUGUACAUACUAUGGCUCUUUCUUCUCCCUUAUGCUCCUGUGCGUGAUUCGCUCAUAAUCCUGUUCGGAGAUCCAGUUUGGGCUAUUAGUUCAGAGACAGUGAGUUCUCUUUUGGGACUUUCUCUGAAUUUCUUCUUUAUCUUGCCUCUUACAAACUCCGGUAUAACAGUUGGUAUUCAUUUCUUAGAAGCUCCUGUUCUUCACCCUAUGGCUGAAGGAUUAUUCAACUUUGUAAUAGCUUGGACACUCAUGUUUGCUCCUUUACUAUACACAGACCGAAAGAGAGAUCGAUACAAGGGCUCUCUUGAUCUCUUAUGGGGUCUCAUGAUGUUCCUCACAAACACGUUUUUAAUCCCGUACAUGGCUUUACGGCUCAACGACGCUGACCCAGAUGCUAAACCGAGCAAAAGGUCUCGACUUGGCGAAGCGAUGACCAAAGGCGCGUCCAUAGUUGGUCUGACCGGAGCUACGGUGUGUCUGGUAUCAACAUCGUGGUCUCUCUACGGCCGAGCAGACGGAGGUUUCGGUGGAGUAAUGGAGAGGUGGCAGUUCCUGAUUGGUUAUUUGGGAUCGGAGAGACUAGCUUACGCCUUUAUAUGGGAUAUAUGUCUGUACACAAUCUUUCAGCCAUGGUUGAUUGGAGAGAACCUGCAGAAUGUGAAGAAGAGCAAGGUUGAGUUGGUGAGUUAUCUUAGGUUUGUUCCUGUUUUUGGUUUGCUUGCAUAUCUUUUGUUUCUCAAUCUUGACGACGAUGAAGCUUAUUAA